AUGGCUCUGCAAGUCAAGAUCUUCACAUCACAAUACAAGUCCUUCAGCAACAUGGAUUUCCUGCAAAAGAGCCAUUUGCAGCUCUCCACCAGUCUACUGCACCUGGGGGUGGUGAUAAAUACCGAGGCCUGCAAUGUUUACUUCUCCCAGGAGCAAUGCUACAGUGUCUGGUCAUUGGAACUGGUGACUGGGUGCUACGUCUUGAUCUUCACUGAAAAUGUGGCCACAAAGGCUCAUAUCAACUGCCAGGGGGGCAUCCACUCCAGGUCCCUCAUGCUAGAGGCAGAACAACUAGGCAGAGUUGCACACCCUCUCCGUCAGGGCAAAGCACAUCUCUGGAAUUGCAAAUGUGCAGAAUGCACGGAACAAUCACUCCCAAAGGAAUUACUGGGAGGACUAAAAUUAGAAGAAGUUGUAGAUCUGAGACUAAAGGAAGUAUUGCAUAUCAGGAAGGAGCAAAAAUAUUUGGGAGUCCUCUUGGAUAUGCUCAGGAAGGUUCAGUGCUACUUAAAAGUGGAUUUAACUGAAGUGGAACAAAAGCACAGCAAAAAUCUGGCAGAGAAAACUUUGGAUGAUGUUGUGAAAGUGAGAGGACACACUUCAUGCAAUGAUGAUAGAAUAGAGACCCAUCUCCAUUUGAGUGAAAGACUGAAAUCUGUAUCUGAAGUUUUCUGUGCUUAUAAUGCUAGCCACAUUUUCUCGCAUUGCUGGGAGGAAGCAGCCAAGAUGCUGAGGGAAAACAUGGAGGAUUCAGGCACAGAAGAAACUCUAGCUAUAGAGGAUGUGUUUGAUUGCGUAUUUGAUCCUUGUUUCAAGGAGUUCAAAAGGAUUUAUGACAGCUUGAAAUUGGGAGACCUCACAUUUGCUGAAGUGAACGUUCUCUCCAAAGAUUUUAAGAAUGAUUAUAAAGAACUCAGAAGUGAUUUUAAAAUUAUGUGCAGACUGCAGCAUGGAGAUAAUGGAGAAUGGAUAGAUGAACGGAUCCAGCAGAUCCAACAGUACCAUGAACUGGGUUUGGCACUGGAUUCUGCUAAAGUUAUUGACAAAGUCAAGGACGUUUUGAAACUUUCUGGUGAUUUCAGUGUCCUGCAACUAUUGCUGAACUUAGCAAAAGGUGAACAAGGUGAAAAUGGAGAACAAGAAGCCAUAAGUGAUGACGGCAGCAGCAACAACAUCAGAAAGAUCAAUGUUGGGAACAAAAAUGAGCUGAAAGUGUUUGUGGAGCUGGCUUCAAUAUCUGCAGGAGAGAAUGACAUGGAGGUGGACCGUGUAGCUUGUUUUCAUGAUGCUGUGUUUGGCUACUCCUCCCUGCUGUAUGAUUUAAAGCGAGGGGCAGGAUUUAAGGAAUUCAUGAAGUGUUUGAAGAACAUAUGGAAAGCUCUGGAAAGUGAUUGUAACCUCCCCACGAAGCUGCGUGAUUCUGCAAGAUACUUGGAUUGGUUAAAAACUAUUAAAGAGAGUCAUGGCUCUGUGGAGUUGUCAUCUAUAUCCCUAGCAACCAGCAUCAAUGAGAAAGGAAUUUAUAGAAUUAAGGCCCCAGAAGAAGGACAGAAGGUUUGCCUGGACACUGUUCUGAAUCUGACAGUCAAAGAAAGUCAUGGGGACCAAGAGAAGACUCGGCACUAUUCUCUGGAAGAGCUUCAAGAACUGAUGAAUAAGUUGAUGCUGAUGUCCGGAAAAGAAGAACAAAGUGCGCAAGUGGAGAAAUUUUCUGAAAGGAGGAGCAUCCCUGUUUAUUGGUGUGGUCCUUAUGUUUCUGUAUUCUUCCAGGUUCAGACUGGAAUUUCAGAAUUUUUGUUCAAGCUGUUCAUCUUACGGUAUCUGGAAGAUGCAGAUGGGAAAAUCUGGCUUCGGAAACAGUGCCACCUCUAUGUUGCAGAAAUUCUGCAACCACCCCACUCACCAAAAAAACAAAGAGGAUCUAAAUUUCCAGGAUUGAACUACAGUUUCCUUGAUGUAUUCCCCCAAAUAACUUGCAGAUCUCCUAAAGAAGUACUAUGCAACGGUAGUCAGGAGAAUUUAUUUCAUGACAGCAGUGAUCCUGGAGUAGAUCAAGGAAUGUUCUGCAGUGAAGCUUUUCAGAGACCAUUCCAGUAUUUGUUACGAGAACACAGACGUGAAAAUCUUGAUGCGUUCAAGUAUAGAAAAGGCUCAGUGGAAGGGACUCCAGAAGAAUGUCUACAAUUGCUCUUGAUGUACUGUGGAGUGAUUGAUCCUUCUUGGUCGGAACUUAGAAACUUUGCUUGGUUUCUUAACCUUCAGCUGAAAAAUUGUGAAACCUCUGUUUUCUGUAAUGCUGCUUUUGUCCAGGACACUUUGCAGGGCUUUAAAAAUUUUGUGGUCAAAUUUAUGAUUUUAAUGGCAAAGGAUUUUGCAACUCCUUCCCUUAACAUUUCUGAUGAAAGCCCUGGAAUGCAAGUUUUCGAAGACGUUACUGAGGAAGCCCUUGCUCCAUUUCUGCUCCGGAAAAAGUGGGAAUCUGAACCCCAUCCAUACAUAUUCUUUAAUGAGGACUGUGUAUCUAUGACUUUCAUCGGCUUUCAUCUCCAGCACAAUAACAACGGCAGCAUUGAUGCCAUCAAUCCUUUGAAUGGCAAUAUUAUCAAGAGAAAUGUCAUGACCCUUCAAUUGUACAUGGGAUUAGCUCUUCAGAGAGUUCCAUUCAAUAUUGAUUUUGAUGCACUGACUAGAGCUGAGAAAAUUGAGAAACUUUGCAUGGUCUUGGGGAUCCAGUGGCCAACUGAUCCUGAUGAAACGUACGAACUUACAACAGACAAUAUCCUGAAAAUGCUUGCCAUUGAAAUGAGAUUUAGGUGUGGAAUUCCUGUUGUCCUGAUGGGAGAAACCGGCUGUGGGAAAACCAGACUUAUAAAAUACCUGUGUGAACUGCGUAAGAGUGGUGCAGAUGCUGAUAAUAUGAAGCUUGUCAAAGUUCAUGGAGGUACCACAGCAGAUGCAAUCUAUGAUAAAGUGAGGGAAGCUGAAGAUAUGGCACAAUGCAAUAGGUUGAAUUAUAAGUUUGACACAAUUUUAUUUUUUGACGAAGCCAACACCACAGACGCGGUCAGCAGCAUCAAGGAAGUGUUAUGUGACCACACAAUAGAAGGACAGCCUUUACUGCCCAACAUGGGUUUACAGAUCAUAGCUGCAUGCAAUCCUUACCGCAAACACACACCAAAAAUGAUCCAACGCUUGGAGUCAGCUGGACUGGGUUAUCGUGUCAAAGCAGAGGACACCAGCGAAAAGCUUGGUUCUAUCCCCCUUAGGCAGCUUGUUUACCGUGUUCAUGCACUCCCACCAAGCAUGAUACCUUUGGUGUGGGAUUUUGGGCAAUUGAACAAUAUCACUGAAAAACUGUACAUAGAACAGAUUGUGCAAAAACUUGCCAAGUCGAUCACAAUAUCUGCUACUGAGGUCCAAAUGAUUACUGAGGUGCUUUUUAAGUCACAGACCUACAUGAGACAGCGGAAAGACGAAUGCAGCUUUAUCAGCCUGAGAGAUGUUGAGCGUUGUGUAGAGGUCUUCAAAUGGUUUCACGGCCACAGUGAACGUCUUAUUGAACAUCUGGAGAGGUCUCUGGAAAGUAAUCCUCCUAAAAGUGCAAUCCAGAGAGACAGAAUAAUGUGGUCUUUGAUUCUUUCUGUUGGUGUUUGCUACCAUGCUUCCCUGGAAAAGAAAGAGGCCUACUGGAGAAUUAUCUGCAAAAUAUUUCCAGAACCAUAUGAUAAUGAAAAAGUCGUUCUUGAAGAAAUUAGCUUGAUUCAGGAUCUUUUUUUGAGUGGUGUGCCUGAUAGGCAAAGUAUAGCAAAAAACAUGGCUUUGAAGGAAAAUGUGUUCAUGAUGGUAAUCUGCAUUGAACUUAAAAUCCCUUUGUUUCUUAUUGGGAAGCCGGGCAGCUCAAAAUCUCUUGCCAAGACCAUCGUGGCUGAUGCCAUGCAGGGUCCAGCAGCCUAUUCGGACCUUUAUAAGGAACUUAAGCAGAUCCAUUUGGUGUCUUUUCAGUGCAGCCCACAUUCAACCCCUGAGGGGAUCAUAAAUACAUUCAAGCAUUGUGCUCGUUUCCAGGAAGGGAAAAACCUCGGCGAAUAUGUCUCUGUGGUUGUAUUAGAUGAAAUUGGAUUGGCAGAAGACUCUCCCAAAAUGCCUCUGAAGACUCUUCACCCUCUAUUAGAAGAUGGAUGCAUUGAUGAUGAUCCACUUCCUCACAAGAAGGUUGGCUUUGUUGGGAUAUCUAACUGGGCCCUAGAUCCAGCUAAAAUGAAUCGAGGCAUCUUUGUAUCUCGUGGAAACCUGAAUAAAAAUGAACUCAUAAAAAGUGCAAAAGGUAUUUGCUCUUCAGAACCUUUGUUGCUACAGAAAAUUGAGUGUUUCUUUCCUAUCUUUGCGAAUGCAUAUGAAGAAAUUUGCAAGAGUCAAACUAAGGAUUUUUUUGGAUUGCGUGACUAUUACAGUCUUGUCAAAAUGUUAUUUGCUUUGACAAAAAAUUCUAAAAGCAUACCAGGUCCCCAUGAAAUAGCAGAGGUGGUUCUCCGAAAUUUCAGCGGCAAAGAAGGCGUUGAAGUCUUGGAUACUUUUAUGUCUAAGAUUCCAGAAGGAGGAGAUGAAAAUUAUAAGGAUAUCAAUACAAUUGAUUUAGUUGAGCAAAACAUUUGUAGCAAUUACCAGGAGGGUGAAUGCCGAUAUCUGUUAGUAUUAACAGAAAAUUAUGCAGCGCUUCAAAUUCUCCAACAGCGUUUCUUUCGAGAUACUCAACCAGAAAUUAUUUUUGGUUCCAGCUUUCCCAAAGAUCAAGAAUACACUCAGAUUUGUAGAAACAUAAACCGAGUCAAAAUUUGCAUGGAGACUGGGAAGAUGGUGGUUCUUCUCAACCUACAAAACCUUUAUGAGAGCCUCUAUGACGCCCUCAAUCAGUAUUAUGUCCAACUUGCUGGUCAAAAAUACAUUGACUUGGGCUUGGGGACCCAUCGAGUGAAAUGCAGAGUGCAUCCCAAAUUUCGACUGAUUGUCAUCGAGGAGAAAAAGGUGGUGUACGAACAGUUCCCCAUUCCAUUGAUUAACCGGCUUGAAAAACACUAUCUGGAUAUUAAUACUGUACUGAACAAGUGGCAAAAGACCAUUGUGGAAGUCUUGAAGAAAUGGGUGGAUGACUUUGUAACAGUUAAAACUGAGAAAUAUUUUAUGGGUCAACAAACAUACAAACCUUCUGAUGUUUUUAUUGGCUACAAUUCAGACUCUUGUGCUUCAGUUGUCCUGCAGGUGACAGAAAAUCUGAAAGAGUCUCUUCCUCCUGCACAGCUAAGCCAGAAAGUCCAAGAGCAGUCCGAGAUGGUCCUCUUGAACUGUGCCACCCCAGAUUCUGUUAUCCGUCUCGGAGAUUCUAAACUGGACUUUUUAAGCGAUAGCUUGGCUAAGAUAUACUUUCAGCAACAGCAGCAUACUUCCUUUGCCGAAUUUUUGCACAGAUGCCUUCGGUCAGACUCUGGAGGCCUUACAGUGUUUAUUGAGAUGACAACCUUCUCCAGGCUCCUGACUGCAGCAGACACAGAGAUUUUGGAGGCAGAAUUGCAGCAUAAUUCAGACAGCCUGAAAGUUUUGUUCUUACAACAAUUUGACACAGAGUACUCAUUUUUGAAGGACAUUCG